AUACUUUUUAACAGAACUGUAUAUAUAACUGACUUGAAGGGAACACAACAGAAAAUCCAAAGUGUUCCAAAUGACCUACACUAAUAUAUGUAAAAGAUAUAUGACAAACACAAGUACUGUAUGUGAAGCAUGACUGGAUCUGGCAACAAUGACCCAUUUGGGAUACUACUGAAAUAAUGAAAAACAUUGAGAAGUCAUUGAAUGACUCAUCUAAUAAAAUAUACUUUAUGGGAGUGCUACACACAAUUCAUAGCAUAUAUUUGGUGUGGUGUACUUUAUACUCUGAAGAAUCACAUAUUCUGUUGCAUAUGUGGCCAUUUUAAAGACAUAAAACAUAUAGAUCUCCAUCAAACAGCUUCAAACUUGUUAUUGUUAGGUACAGGAAUGGCUAUUAUUGGUAACCACAGAGAGUGGCUCCAAAAUGAUUUUGACUUGUAACUAUUGUCAUUUUUACUUCUCCUGCUGUUUUGUUGCUGCUGAAAUUGUAUUUUUAACAUUUCUACGUAUGUAGCUGACUUUGACCGGGGAGGCAGAUUUACACAACGCACUGUGGAGGGAGAAGGGGAAGAGCACUGCGCCAAGGCUGCAGCACAAUGGUCAUAAAUCACUAGGUUCAUUGUUGUUGCUCCACAGAAGCCAGAAGGAGGGAGAAGACUAGAGAGCAGUGAGGAUAGAGAACAUGGUGAAAGACUGGUACCCUUGUGCAGCACCUCCAUUUCAGGACUUACUGGUUAUUUUACUGUCCCUCUACAUGUCUACUGUUAUGGCACAAGUUCUGGAUCCUGAGGUGCUUACAACACGGCCGUCUAAAAAGAAGCCUGAUCCGGUCACAUCGGAGACUGUUGUUUUUUGGGGUCUGCGAUUAUGGCAAGUCAUUGGCGUCUUUUCAGUAUUCGUACUAACAGUCAUAAUAACGCUAUGCUGCAUCUUCAAGUGUCGAAUACCCAGGACCAAAAAAGAGAUUGAGGCUCGCCAUGCUAAGAGACAGGCUGCAAAAAAGUAUGCAAACACCCUUGAAUCAGUGCCACCUCUUAAUGAGCUCACAGAGGUCCCCGGAGCCACGGCAGACAAUGCAUCCCUACAAACAGUCUCUGCAGAUGUCCAGGCACGCACCGUCAGCCAGCUUCCUGUGGUGAGGGAAGAAGACGAAGUGACUCCUGUCAGCUAGCACGGACGCAUCUUUGCCUCGAAUAUCCUGCAUCACCACACUCUUUUUCGAAAAACUACCAUGAAACAUUUUUACACAAGUGUAAAUGUUCUACUCCGUUAUAAGGUUGGCUUGUUUUUAGCCAAAUGUAGAUAAAACAGAUCAUACAGGUUGCACGCAGAGUAACUUAUAUAAAA